AUGGCCUGGUUGUACGACGACACAACUUGGUUCGACAUGCUCCCAAGUCCCCGUGCGCCAUCCAACACCAAACGGAAACCAACUACCAGUCCAGAGAACGAGUCCGAAGAGCAAGACAAUAUUCACGACGCGUCGGACGAAGGGAAAGACGAUCUUUGCGGAACACCGAUAGAAGUCAAAACACCUGAGCAAACUCCUGCCCAGGUGGACCAGUAUGGUGAUCCUCCAGAGUCGCCUGAAGAGUUUCGGAUGGGAUGCGUCAAGGAGAACGGAAUCACUGGUUUCAUGGUCAAAGUCGCAGUGAAUUGA